CCACACUUCCACUAUUAUUUCUUCACCAACUCACUUUCUCAAUUUCAUACAAUACUACUUCCGUAAUUUUGACAUACAAUACUACUUCCGAUUCCCAAUAUUGGUCGUUUUAUAACAAAUCUUAAAUGUAAGUUUGACGAUUUUGACGAUUCCCAAUAUUCCGUAAGUGGAGUUUGACGAUUCGAAAAGUUCUACAAAUCUGAAAUCAAUGGCUAGGCCAAGAAAGUUCAAGGCUACACCACUUGAUACAGAGAUCACUUCUGCAAAUUCUCAUGAGGUUAGGUGUAAACGCUUUAAGGUUGCACCACUUGAAGCUGGUUCGGCAUCAAAAACUUGUACUGGAGCUCGUUCUGGUGCUUCGUCGUCUAAUGGUAGUGAUCAUGUUAGCAUGCCACCGACACAUGGACCUGAGUAUGCUUCAUAUGAAUCUAAUUCAUCAGAUGAUGAUGAUGUCCCUCCUACUUCUAGUGAGACUACUGCAAGUAAGAAGAAGAGCUAUUGGAUUGUCAGUCUUAUUGAUGAGGGUGGUACCAUUAUAGAAGGAAGACUGAAGGUGCGAGAUAUUUGGUUACUUCCUACGGGUAAAAGGAUUAUCAUCCCGUGCAAUGAGCUUGGCCAACCAAUAGAUGAUGCAGGUGGUCUCUUGGGUCGCUUCAUGGGAGAUUUAGGGUCUGACUUUUCUAAAUUUCCUAUGUGUUACAAGUCAUGGCGUAAGGUUCCAGUUAACUACAAGAAUAGCGUAUAUGACGACAUUAUACAGAAGAAGAUUCUUGUGGAGGAUGGUCGAUUAAGAGACUACAUGAUGAAGAGUAUUGGAAAGACAUGGAAAGAUACUAGAUGUUCUCUCUCUAUUUGGUCUAGGAGCGUAAACGUGGGAGACCAAUGAGUAGAGGAGAGUUGUGGCCCUUGACUCACAAACGGAAAGACUCGACAUAUAUGAAUGAAGCAGCCAAGCUUAUUGGUGAGCAAAUAGAGAGGAUUGAAAGUCAGGAUGGCGUGUCAAAGAAAAUUUCAUAAUUUGAUUCACUUGCACAAGUGUUAGGAAAGGAGCACGCUGGUCGGGUUCGAGGAGUGGAUUAUGGGCCGACACCUACUCAAGUGUUUGGCCAAACAGCCUAUCAAUUUAAGGGUGUAUCUUCAACACAAGCUAAUCCAGAUCAUGAAAUGGAGGAGAUGAAGUUGAAGAUGCAGGAGCUUCAAUCCGUGGUGGAAAGUGAGAGAUCUAGAAGGCGUGCUCUUGAGAACUUUCUAACAAGAUAUAUAGUCCCACAAGGAAUGGAAUUGCCGGCCGAUUUGGCUGAUAUGGAUAGUGCUGCGACGGUAUGUUUUUACCUCCUCUCUCUGCCUAUGCUGCUUUCUGGUAAUUGAUUCUUUGGCAACCAUUAGAGUUCUAAUAUAUUGUUUUGUUUGGUUCAUAGUAAUGACAAUUGAAAAAUCUUGAUAUAUUGCUACUUUUGUGUGAAUGUAUUAUACUCUUUAAACUUUGGAAAACAUUUGAAUUUGUGUGCUGCUUGUGAAAUCAAUAUGCGUCUGUCAAGUUAAUCAUUUCACUAUAUCAGCCUCAUCUAUUUAUUUUCCUCUGUUGCUAGUUCUAGGUGGAAAUGGAACUAGCAACAGAGGGAAAAAAAAGGUCUACUCCUUUGGCUUUUUGUGAAGGAAUAUUUAAGUUGGUGCUUCAAGAAAAGGACAAGGUCAAAUGAAGGUUUUAUUUACAUGGUUAUAAGGUUUAAAUCAUGUGGAUGGUUUUGAAAUUUGCAAAUGGGAAUGAUGAGAAGCAAGUAGUAGUAAAAGUGAAGUGGCAGCUGCAGUAAUCACGAUAAUCUUUUCUUCUACCUUUUCUUAAAAAUUAGCUGCCUUUAUUGAAAGUGUUAAACUUUGUGGUACUCAAGUAGUAGGUUAUUCUUUAUCCGAAAAGUGUUAUUCCUUAUUGUUCUUAUUUGUUUUUAAUGUUUAUAUUUUCAGGCAUCAAACAGGCCAAGACCAUCUUCCUCAUCCAAAUGUUGAAACCCACAGCGAUGCUAAUCAUGUUGUUCAAUCUGAAUUUUGCUUAUGGAUUUCAGUUCUAAUUUUGUUAGCAAUGAACUUGUUUUUCCGGAACUGUGGAUUUUGCAUCAGUAUAUCAUAUUUUAGUUCUUAUAUCA